UGUUGGGUUUUUUGCGUCUGACAAGAUAAUAAGCUAAACGACACCAUGGUUUGGCGACCGUUUCUACGUCAUUUGACUCAGUCCAACCUCCGCCUGGGUGAUCAGUGUGGAAGACUCAAUAGUUCCUGGACAGUGGGCAUCCUUGUUCUGUUAGCGGUGUUGUCGUUUUAUAUGGAGAAUUCUUACGAACCUAUCAACUGCUGGACACCUCAAGAAUUUACACAAUCAAUGCAUGUAUAUACCAACAAAAUAUGCAGCAAGUCAGAAUUCUAUUACCUGCCAAUGUCUCAUGAGAUCCCUGCCUUAAGAGAAAUGCGACAAGAAGCAAAACAGUCCAAAUUUCAUUGGCUUCCAUUGAUUCUUUUAGUACAGGCUCUGCUGUUCAAGCUUCCGGAUAUUGUCCUAUCUGUGGGACAAGGCCUUGUGGGUUUCAGAUUUACAAAGAUAUCAGGACUUACUGACGGUUACGAGUCUCUUAAUAUGGUCGACCGAGCCCAAAUGGGAAGACAAGUGGGACGCUACGUAAAGAGCUGGAUAGACUCUACAGUAAUGAAGGGUUGUCCUUGGGGGUGGCUUACGCUGCUUUUUUUGUUCACAAAAUUUUUGUACUUUAUCAAUGUUAUUACACAAUUAUCGAUUAUGGACGGCAUCCUGAGGUCUGCAAAUCAUUCUUCCUUUGGACGUCAAGUGUUUAAUGAUAUUGUUGGCAACCAAACGGUUGAAUGGAACCCAUUCAACCUUUCGUAUCAUCACGUAGUGUUAUGCGACUUUCAAAUCCGAAUGAUUACCAACGUACAACGUUAUACAGUACAGUGUGUCUUAAGCAACAUCUCGCACUACUACAAAAUGGUAUUGUGUAUCCUGUGGCUGUGGUUUGUAGUGGUUUCGGUCGUAACCACGAUCAGUGGUGUGGUACAGCUCUUAACAGUAUUAGUGCCAGUCUUUAGGAAACGGUACAUCAAGAGUUACCUGUACCUGUCCAAGGAAGUAUCCCCAUCUCCAUCUGACAACGACAUCGGGAGGUUUGCGGGAUCAGAAAUAACAGAGGACGGUGUGUUCAUACUAAAAGCGAUUGGUGAGGCAUCUUCUGAACACUUGGUGCGGGACGCUGUAAUAUAUCUGUGGCAAUCCGUACAUGGUCAACAACACAAUGAUGAUCAACAAGGACCACCAGGGCAUGGUGGUCCUCCGCCAUACUUAUCCCAAGGGCCAUGUGUACAGGGACAGCAGACGUACGGACCAGGUGGUGUAGUGGUUUCUUCCCCACCAUCGGCCCCUCCUCAACAGGUGAGAUACCGUCUACAGACCGGUGGCGAGGGAACCCCGCUGAUGACAAACCAGCCAAUGUGAAUCGUAUGUGCUUUAUCAUUGACUAUAACUGGUUUGUAGCCCAAUCCUGCCGAACAAAAAUAAGUUAUUUGUAGAUGAAAUAGCAUGGUAGUUUCAAUAUCGAUGUCGACUUUCAGACUGCUUAGAAGUUAAGUGAUAUAAUUAUAUACAACUAUAUCUGGCUAUAUACUGUCUUACCAGUAACAUAUCACUAACACAUACAAAUAUCCAACAAUUAUCUGUUAUUUUUCCAAACUUCACACAUGGGUUCAUAAUGUAACUAGGGGAGAUAACUCUAUUUAUCCCUUCAGAACGUCUUCAUUUUCAUUAUGAAUACACGAUGGAUUAUAUAUAUAUUAUAUUAACAUGGCAAAACACUAGUCAAUUAAGGUAAUAAUGAUAUUACAGUCAGGUCAAGGAAUCUCUUGCCACGUGAAAAUAAUUUUCGAUAUAAAUGCAUAUAUCACAAUAACGUUGCACAAUGUCAACCACAAAGUGAUGCUCAGUAGUCUUACUAUUACAUUUUUACAGUGAUCUACAUAUAAACAUAGACCACUCACUUCUUACAUAUUUACAUGCAUAUGUAGAUACUCGCAUAGAUUUAUGCUUACACAUUUUGAAGAAAUGACAUAUGGCAUAUUCUAUUUCGCGCAAACAAGGAUUAUCAUUUUCACUCCUACAUAUCGCGUACAUUUAACUUUAACAAAUAAGGAUGAAAGAAAGUGGGGGAAAAAGUGUUGAAAAACAAGAAAUAUUAGAUAUGAAAUUUUCUUUUAUUAAAUAUAUUUCGUUAACUGCGAUGGCUUCAAAACUGAUAUGCUAGUUAAGUGACGCUGAUGGUAAUGUGAUGAUAAUUAUUUGUAUUACUUACUUAUUUUGAUCAUAGAUGUUCUCAGGAAGUUGUUCUUUAAGUUACUACAUAUAUUCUUGACAAACAUAUUCGUUAGAUUGAUUUUUAUUAGGUAUAUUUCCUGUCCAAUAAACCUCGUUCAAAAAUUUAUUAAACACCUAAUGAACUGCAAUACGCGAACAUAUAUGAAAGAUUGUUCAAUACCAUUACAUAUACAUGUAUCCAUUUAUGUUUUUUAUCAAGCAUGGUAUCUGCUUCUUGAAGUUUUAAACAAAGGUUUAGAUAUUUUGUAGAUAUUUACAUUGUAUUG